AUGGCUGACGGAAUUGACCGACGCGCAGAUGAACGGCUGGAGUUUACGACCUCGAAGGAGGUCACGGUGGCUCCCACCUUCGAGGACAUGCACCUGAAGGAGAAUCUUCUUCGUGGCAUCUAUGCGUAUGGAUACGAGUCGCCCUCUGCGGUGCAGUCCCGCGCUAUUGUGCAGAUUUGCAAAGGUCGCGACACCAUCGCCCAGGCGCAAUCCGGUACUGGUAAAACGGCGACGUUCGCGAUCAGUAUCCUUCAGGUGAUUGACACCGUUGUUCGCGAAACUCAAGCUCUCGUUCUCUCUCCCACCCGCGAACUUGCGACUCAGAUCCAGUCCGUUAUCAUGGCCCUUGGCGACUACAUGAACGUACAAUGCCACGCUUGCAUUGGUGGAACCAACGUGGGCGAAGACAUCCGAAAACUGGAAUAUGGCCAGCAUGUGGUUUCGGGUACCCCUGGGAGAGUGGCGGACAUGAUUCGCCGUCGUCAUCUGCGGACUCGGAACAUUAAGAUGCUCGUUCUUGACGAGGCUGAUGAGCUCUUGAACCGAGGAUUCCGCGAACAGAUCUACGACGUGUACCGCUAUCUUCCACCUGCGACGCAGGUUGUGGUCGUCUCGGCCACCCUGCCGUACGAUGUCCUCGACAUGACCACCAAGUUCAUGACGGAUCCAGUGCGCAUCCUGGUCAAGCGUGAUGAAUUGACCUUGGAGGGUAUCAAACAGUACUUUAUUGCAGUUGAGAAAGAGGAGUGGAAGUUCGAUACACUGUGCGACCUUUACGAUACAUUAACUAUCACUCAAGCCGUCAUCUUCUGCAACACCCGUCGCAAGGUCGACUGGCUCACCGAUAAGAUGCGCGAGGCGAACUUCACGGUCUCCAGCAUGCACGGCGAGAUGCCGCAGAAGGAGCGUGACAGUAUUAUGCAGGAUUUCCGACAGGGCAACUCUCGUGUGCUCAUUUCCACCGACGUCUGGGCCCGUGGUAUCGAUGUGCAGCAGGUCUCUCUGGUCAUCAACUACGAUCUGCCCAGCAACCGUGAGAACUACAUCCACAGAAUCGGUCGAAGCGGUCGGUUCGGCCGGAAGGGUGUUGCCAUUAACUUUGUUACGAGCGAGGACGUGAGAAUCCUCCGUGACAUUGAGCUUUACUACUCUACUCAGAUCGAUGAGAUGCCGAUGAACGUUGCCGAUCUCCUGUCAUAA